AUGGGACGGAAAAAGGUAGCAUCAUCAUCGUCAUCAUCAGACAAUACAGAAAAAUCGGAAUGUAAUAAUCAGGGAAAAACACCUGUACCUUUUGUGUUUCACAAAAUAACGGAAUACUUUUUGAAAGAAUUAGGAAGUUUACAAUUUUCAUUUAAACCUGCUCAAUGUCAAGAAAUAUUAUCGAAAAUAAUACCUGCUCCGUUUACAGCAAUUUCCAAACUUAUUUCAAGCACCGAACAAGAUAAUAGUCCCAGAAGUGCUUCAAUAAGCACGGACAGUAUUACCGACCUAAGUGCAACCACAUCGGCAACCAAUUUUAAUGAACUUGCCCAAAGUAUUGCAAAUCUUCCACCUGUCAAAGAUGAAACACCUAACAAAAGUAAUUCAUCAGAUACCCUAGUUCUUCCAGCGAAAUCACUCACCUCAGAAAUUACGGAAAUUAGAAUUAACUCAAAACAAAAUUUCGUAUGCACGCACAAAGGUCCUAUAUGUCUUGGCAGGAGGAAAUUAAAACUCUGUAUACCAGAAAAACAAAAGAUUGGAGCUGAGUUUUUGUUAUUAGGAAUUAAUGAAAGCUGUGAAAUUCAACAAUCUGUUUCCAUCCACUUCAUCGGUAAGAUGCGGGAAACCAAGGGAUCAGAAGCAAAGACCAAGUCAAGCACGAAAAAUAGCAGCCCUGUUGUUCAAGAAUUUGAAUGUGACACCACAACCUAUAAGGUUAUGAAAACGUGUAAGAAAUGCAGACUUGUCUUAAUACGACUCCCAUCAGAAGCCUCUUCCAAUAUCAAUGAAGAGUUAAACGUUUAUAUAUCCUCGGAUACCUAUCCAGUUUUGCCAGAUGGAGGUAAAAGUAGUGAAGAGAAUGUAAACUCUGACCUUAAUAGACAAGAAAACGAAAAGGAAAGAAAACGAAAAUUAGUGGAGGGUAAACGAGCAAUGGAUAUCAAGAAAAUUAAAAUUCAAGACGAAGAUGAUGGAACCAGUACUGAGGAAGAAGACGCUGAAGAUGCCAUACCUCCAAUGCCUCCAAUGCCACCUUUAAAUAGUGUUGAAUCCGUACCAGGUCCCUAUGUGGCGCUUAUACUCUAUUUACAAAAGUCUCUCGAUCUAAAAGACCAAGCAAUGGAAAGGAUGGAGCGAAGGUAUGAUCGAAGCCUGAAAAACCUUCAAAAACUUCAGAAACGAGUUGAAGCUUUGGAGAAGGCGAACAACCAACUGACCAAGACGAAUUCGAAAUUAGCUCGGGCCUAUGAAACGUUUGCGACUAAAUUGGCAGUGAAUGAUAGUUUGAAGGAGAAAGAAAUUGGUAUAAUUGCUACAGAAUCAACAUCUACUGACACUGAUCCAAUUCCUACAGCUGUUUAUGUUGACAAAGCAUUACAUGUGGAUGACGAGUUUCUUUCUUUAUCAGAUUUAGAUUUACUGGAUGUGGAACUACCAAAAAGUGAUGUCGAUUUCAAGUUUGACUUGGAGUAG